GUGUGUGUGUGUGAGUGUGUGAGUGUGGUCAGUCCAGUUCAGCACACAGUGGUGUGCAGGUCCGGAGGAUCAGACCAGCAUCCGACCCGGGUCGGUCCGGACUCUGUCUGGCUCGGUACUGAAGCACAGUUCGGUGCUGUCCACUAUGCUCGGGUGGAGGCUGGGCAGCGCCGUGUUCUGGAUGAAGCGACCCGUCAGAGGAGACUGACGAGGCAGCUGGAGGCUCUGGAGAAAGACAACUUCCAGGACGACCCUCUGUCCUCCCUCCCCCCCCCGGGUCCGACUGCACGCCUACCUGCCUUCAGUGAGACAGAAGAACCAGAGAAGAAGAAGAGGAAGACGCGUGGUGAUCACUUCAAGCAGCGCUUCAGGAAGAACUUCACCACCCUGCUGGAGGAGGAGAACCUGUCAGAGAAGCCGGAGCCAAACUACCUGUCGGCGGCGGCCCCGCCCUCCUCGCUGCCCCCCCGUCACUUCUGCUGUGUCUGUGGUUUCCUGUCGCAUUACACCUGUACGACCUGCGGGGGGCGCUAUUGCAGCACCAAGUGCCUGUGCACACACAGAGAGACCAGGUGUUUGAAGUGGACGCUCUAACUGUCGCCUUGUUGCCGUGGUGAUGGUGGCUUUAAACAGGAUGUGACGUCAGCAGUGAUGUCACAGCGUACUGGAGUACACGUGUGACAUCACUGGACCGCUUAGCUUAGCUUAGCAUAAAGACUGGAAACAAAGGGUCAGCCUGGCUCCGAAGCUCCUGAUCCAGACGUGUCCCAGCUGUACUUGAAUGCAUCACCGCACGCUAACAUGACGCUACGUGUCACGUGUUCGUUUGUUGAUUUAUAAAUAAAGUUAGUUUGAACACCAA